AACUGGACAAUAAAAAUAAAGCUGCAGGACAAAUGCAGGCAAUAAUGGCGUAAGGGAGAAAUCAAAAUCACAAGCGAAAUUCCUGGUACUGUGUCCUGAGCAUAAAAAUGGACGAAAUUGAAUACCUGGAGGAGUACGAAGACUUAAUUCUACCAACAAUGAGUUCUCACUCCGCCGCUACGAAAAGCCGCGCAACUAGCAACGUUGCAAGCAUGGCAGAAGAUGAGGAUUCUUCUUCUAUAGACCAAGAUAUAUUUGAAAGUUUAUUUGAUGAUCACUCUGACGACGAGUCCAUUAUGCAAAAGAAAGUGCCCGCGAAGUUGAGCCAGCGCGGUGAACGUAUUUCUCAAAUGUCUCGCAUAUCAAUGGAUUCGAUCGAUUUACUUGUGAAAGAUUUAGGUGAACCGCUUAAUGCAGAUGGUUCGAAAGCAGCUAAUAAACCAAUACCGAAGCCGAGUAAUACAAAAAUCACCCAACCCAGUAAAAUCACACAAAAAGCUCCAACAACAACUACCGCCAAUAUAAAAAGCACAGGCACCCCAACGCCUGCCUCUGGCGAUAAUAAUAAAAUGUCAAACAAAUCAGAAGCAACUGAACGCAAUUCCAAAACCAAGUCUGUAGCCACGGUAAGGCCAACAGUGCAACAAAGCUCGGCGCCAACACCAUCAAAACAGACAAAUGAAAAUUCCAAUGAUAGUACGACAAAUCGUGCGCCACCUACCAGUACAAGUGGCCACAAAUCAAGUGCAAAAGUAACAAGUGGUGCCCAAAACUCAUCCAAGCGCACACCGACACCUACGACUGCCUCCACGUCGCGUAAACAAAUUUCGGCCCCUACUUCAACAACCGCAAGCACUAGCAGUGCACCAGGUAGCAGCAAAAGUACUGCCUCAGUUGUAGCGGCACCACCAAAGCGGACAAUUGAACGCUCCCAAACUACUAUAAUAAAACCGGAGAAGCCGCAAAUUAAGGAUCCUGCAGAAGAUCCUUUGAGUUUAGAAAACAUUGAGAAUGAAUCCGAUUCCGAUACAGAUUCCUUUAUAUACUCUGAUAUAUCUGCUGAUACAUUCGUUUCGCUGAGUGAUGUGGACGAUGAAGAACGUCAAGUGAUCGAGCUCUCUAAUGACUCGAACUAUGAUCGUGCUAACCUAGACAAAAUUCGUGGGUCAACGCCUUCGCCCACAGUUUCCGAUGAUUAUAAAAGUGAUAACGAGGAUUCACCAGCAAAAAUGUCGUCGAAACGUUUCGAAAAGUCUAAACAUGGCUCUGCGUUAGAUAGAAAUGCGGCGAAAAAAUUAAAUGUGCAGCAAUAUAUUGAUACACAACCAUCCACCAGUAGUCACCGUAAGCUCACUACUCCAAGUAGCUCGAAAGAGAAAACGAAGAAAACGGGUAAAAGUCCCAAUACUAGUGAUACGUUGCUGGAACGCAUAGACACGGUGCUAUCAGAAGUAGUCGAUAAAGAUGAUGAUGAACAACUUACAGUUAAAAAGCAAAUCACUGAUGUUGAACUUGAUGUUGAAGUGGAAAGUAAUAAUCAGGAGGAGAGCAAAGAAGUAUCAGACCACACAGUGGAAUGUAGUGGUAAUAUGGAUGAUACCGCCAUAACAGCGCCGGAAGCAAACCAAGAGCCAUCCAAAUCAAAUUCAAUGGAUAUGGAAAUGGAAGAGAAAGUGGAAGUAGAAGUUAUAGAACAACAAAAUAAUGAAUUAAAAACGGUAGUGGAGGCGAAAGCGGAAGAAAGAGUAGAAGAAAUGUCCGAUAAUGUAAACGUCUCUGACGAAGCAGAGAUCUCUAAAUCUCCGGAUAUUGAUAAGGAUGUUGCAAUAAUGGACGUAGAAGAAAAAGCUGUGGUCGAAAGUUUACUUUCUAAAAAUAUUGAUGAUUCUAAAAAUUCAGAAUGUGAAGUACUUACUGUAGAAACAAGUGAAGAAGUGGUGGAAUUAGAUAGAAAUGUAGAUUUAAGUGAAAGUGUCGAAAUCAAUCAAAGUGAAGUAGUCAGCAAAGCAGAAAAUACCGAUGAAACGAAAAAACAUGAAGAUACUGAGGACAAUACUGCUGAUAGAAGCGGUACACCGCAAAAGGAUAGCGAGACCGGCAAGAAACUGCAUGCUCAUUCGAAAAAAACUCAAGAAGGAAAUGAAGAUGGCGUCAAGCUAAAUAAUACAUUGGAUGAAGUAAACAAUCAAGAAGAGUUAUCAGAUGAAAAUCCUGAAGAGAAGGAAAAUACAGACGAAUUGAGAGUGGAAAUAAUUAGUCACGAAGAAACAGGCGAAAAAUACAACGAUGAAUCUGAAAAAGAUGGACAAUUUGUCGAUGAAGGCGAGGUUGGGAGCAGCAUAAAAUUAACUGAGAGGGAUAAGGAAAAAGAUCAGCCGGUUGUACACUUGGAAAAUGAAGAAAACGAGGACUUAAAAGAAACGGAUGAAGAACUUGAAGAGUCCUCAAAAGAAUCGGAAAAACCUGAGCGGGGAAAACUUGAUCCAGUGCAAAACGAGAGCCCAAUAACUGAUGAAAAAACCGAACUUGAGAAGAAAGAUGAGUCCACAGACAGCACAAAAAAUUCGAAGGAAACUCAAAAUGAAAAAGAUCGGAAAUUAGAAACUCCUUCAAAAACGCGAAUUUCGGAAAGGGAGACACGUUCUCGGACACCGUUGAAAGCUAAAGAAACAGAAAAGAAAACCCAAAAUGUUCACACGGAAGCGAAAGAGAAAUCGUCUGAAAUUGACACAGCAAAAGACGAAAUAAAAACUCCAGACUCCAAGACACCUUCGACAAGUGAAAGCACGUCGGGGGCCGAGCCGAAAACAAAAGAUCCGAAGGCAGGAAUUCCGGUUGCCAAACAACCGAAAAAAGAUGAGCAUUUGGCUGAAGGCAACACCAAAGAAAUUGUGGAAAGAUCUCUCCCCAGCAGAAGUUCCAAUAAACAAAAGAUUGAAUCCAAAAUGGAAGACCCAGGUGUAGAAAAAGUUACAACUAAUGUAGAUGAAGCAAAAUCUAAUUCACAAAAGGCAGCUGGGUCACUCACUGUAGAUACGAAUUCAAAACUUGAGAAGAAAAAUGAAGCCGAUGAACGUUCCCAAACGCAACAAGGAAGAAAAUCGACAAGGGCGACAAAUGUAGUGAAAUCUCCAGCAGAACAUGAAACAAAAAAGUCAGAGUCUUUGGUAAUACCAAAAAUUACUACUGACGAUGACAAAACUGCGGACAACAACACCGGAGCUGCCAAAAAAGAUACAACUUUAAAAAGCAAUGAGGGUAAUGGUCCAGGACAUAAACGUAGCGAUAAUACCAAUGCAGAUCAACAGAGUGCGAGUGCAACAUCGACGCCCAAACCAGAUAAGAGAAUAAGAGGGCUGGUAGUAUCUUUGAAGAAAACCGAUUUAUCGAAGGUUUUGAAUGAAAAGCUUUUACAAACCAAUGAAAAGUUUGCGGGAAAAGCUGAGGCAGAUUCCAAAAUUGGAAGUUUUGAAGACAAAGCAAAAGAAGAGUCGAAAGAAUCAACGAAACCUAAGCGAGAUUCGAAAGAUGAAAGAACUGCGGAUAGAGCAAAACAGGAUUCAAAAGAUGACAGGACUGCGGAUAGAGAAAAAAAGGAUUCAAAAGAUGACAGGGCUGCGGAUAGAGCAAAAAGCGAUUCUAAAGAGGCAAGAUCUGCAGAUAGAGGGAAAAGAGAUUCAAAAGAAGAACGAUCUUCGGACAGAUCACGAAGGGAUAUGAAAGAUGACAGAUCGUCCGACCGAGCAAGAAGAGAUUUAAAAGAUGAGAGAUCUGCUGACAGAUCAAGAAGAGGUUUAAGAGAUGACAAGUCUUAUAGAGGAUGGAAAGAUGAAAGAUAUGCUCACAGAUCAAGGAGAGAUUUGAAAGAUGAGAGAUCGGACAGGGAGAAAAGAUACAUGAGAGGUGAAAAAUAUGAAGAUAGAUCAAGGAGAGAUUACAGAGAUGGAAGAUCAACAGACAGAGCAAAGAGAGAAACCAGAGAUGACAGAACUAGAAGCCGAUCAAGUAGAGAUUCGAGAGAAAGAAGAUUUACUGAUAGAACAAAGGGAAGUUCGAGAGAUAAUAGAUCGAAAGAUAGUAAUAAGAGAGAUACGAGAGAGGACAGAUCUGCGAACAGAGCCAAGAAUGAUGUUAAAGACGAAAAACCUUCGGACAAGUCAAACAAAAACACAAAAAAUGAAAUACCCGCAGACAAAGCGAAGAAAGAUGUGAAGGUUGAAAAAUCCGCAGAUACGAGCAAGGCGGCUUAUGGAAAAUCAGUUGACCAACCAACGAGUAAAGAAAUGGGAAAAGUGGUUAGAAAUCUCGAAAAGGAACUGCGAAGUGUUUCAGCGGCAGAAGAAAAAAGCACGCCACAGCGCAAAGAAAAGGAAAAAAAACAGGAUCUGACAAAACAAAAAACCACAGCAAUUGCCAAGCCCAUUGAAGGAAAAAAAGAGGAGGAAAAGACGUCAAGUACUACUAACAUUGCUUCUAAAGCUUUAAAUGCCAAAAUGCUAGAAAAGCAAACAGUAAGCGGCAAAGGGAAGAACACUGAGGAAAGAGAAGACGAGCAGCCAACAAUCUCAACUGCAGACCUUGGAGAGGAGCAGAUGCAAGUAGCUGAUGAAGUUGCUGAAGAAAAUGAUGAGAAGAAAAUUACCGGCAGUGGAAACGUAGAGCAUGAAGAAGCUAUCAAAGAGCGAACUCGUGAAGAAAAGACAACUGAGAAUGUAUCAGAAGGUAUUGCUGCGAACGAAAACCCAGACAGAAUACAAACGGAAGGAACUGAAAUUGAUUUAGAGAACGAAAGCAGACGCGAGAUAGAAGCAGAGAACGUAGAUGCUGUUGCAUUGCCCGAAGGCGCAGAACUAAAACGGAUAAAUCUACAGCCGGAAGGAAUUGAUAAAAAUAAAGUUUCACCUCAAGCCGAAAACGAAAGUACAUCUGAAGCUAAUAAUGCCGAAGCUGAAAGGUCAAGCAGAAGGAAAAAUGCGAAAAAUUAUACAGAAACCGGAGAAAACAAUCAAAGAAAGGAUGUCGAUUCUAAAAAUUUCACACAGAGUGAAGAAAGGCCCGUAGGAACGAAAGAGACAGCUAUGAUCGAGGGCUCAAUUGAAGUGGAAGCGCAGAAAAUCGAGCAUCGAACAGCAGUCGAAAGCUCAACUGGAACAGAAAAUGAUGAGCUAACAGCAAGCACAGAUAAAGCUGUGGAUAUUUCCGAAAGCUCAUAUAAUGCACCAGAAAAUGAAGAUAUGGCAGCAAGCACUGAUAUAACGGAAAUCUCACCUGGAACAGAAAAUGAAGAUGUGGAAGUAAUCGCCGAUAAAACUGUGGUUAUUUCCGAAAGUUCAGAUAAAGCACCAGAAAAUGAAGAUGUGGCAGCAAAAACUGAUACAACUGAAAGCUCAGCUGGAACAAAAAAUGAGGAUGGGUCAGAUAAAACUGUGGCUAUUUCCGAAGGUUCAGUCAAACCAUCAGAAAAGGAUGAUGUGAUAGGAAGAACUGAUAAAACUGAUAUCACCGAAAGUUCAGUUAAAACAGAAGAAGACGUUGUUGAAAGUUCUGGUACAGCAAAAGAGGUGAAAUUGAAAGCCAAAACAGUUGCUAAAAGCUCAGGAAAAGCUAAUGAGAACAAGGCAAAAACUCAAGUGGUCAUCCAAAGCUCAACUUUAGCGCUACAUGAAGUAACUGAACAGGAAAAAUCUUUAGAGCACGAAGCUGAGGCGCUUACGGAAAGUACAGACAAACAAGUUGCGCUGGAAGAAACGGGUUCAAAUAAAAAUUCCGUAGAUGAGGUCGAAGUGGUAGUAGUCUCCGAAAGCACUGAGAAAAAUAUAAAAGACACAACAGAAGUUGGGGAAGUAGGUGAAAGUGCUAAGUCAUCGUCCGAUGAGAAGACGGCAGCCAAAUCAGCAACCGAAAGCAGUGAUAAAUUGAGCUACGAAAAACCAAAAACUGAUUACUUAACUAAGGAAGCAGACGCCUGUUCGGAUAAACAAGCUGAACGUGAUGAGAAAACAAUAAACAAGACAACAGUAACAGAUACCAGCAACGAAAACGUGACAGAACAUGAUAAUACAACACGCGAACUUCGAAAAAGGGAAAAUGAACCAAAACAGGGCGAGCAAAUUGCUAAUAAAACUGAAUGCAAUAAAGGCGAGAUGCCAGAACGAAAUACGCAAGAGCAAACGCCAUCGUCAAGAGGAAACGCUGAAAGCGAAAAAGAGGUGGAAGAAGUCCAUAACGAAGUAUCAAGAAGUCUACGCACUCGUCUUACGCGAUCUCAAGCAGAAACACAAUCCCCAUCACGAUCGCCGGCCACGCCACAAACGCAAUCGGCUAGUGAGGAGGAGCAUGAAGGCUCAACACGUCGUUCGUUGCGCAAACGUGCGGCCGAUCAUUCACCCAGCAGCUCAAAUGAACUAAUUAAGAAAGGGGCUAAAGGUCGUAACACAAAUCAACCACCAACUUCAACGGCACUGACAACAAUUGCUCAAAAGCUGGUAAGGGAAUCACUGAAUAUCAGCAUCAGCAGAAGUUCUUCGGCAACACCAGCAUCAGCUGCGACACGAAAGCGCGCGCGCGAUUUGAAGCCAAGCACAACGGCUGAAGUAAAUGAUAUAGAAAAAUCACCAGACAAGAAGCUAAAGUUAGACUCCCUGAGAAAGUGUACUCGCAUCCACAAUGACGAUGUCGACACCAGCGAUGGUGAGCCUGACGCUGCUAUUGCGCAACGCCGCUCUAGAUUACCUGGCGGUAAAGAAUCGCUAGCGAAUAGAAGUGCGCAAGAAAAGUCAUUAAAAUCGGUGGGUGUCAAAGAGACCCCAACGAAUAAGAGUACUACAGGUAGUUCGGAACGCAAACCAACACAGCCUUCAAAGCAAAGCGCUGCUGCCGAAAUAAGGGAAACGCCAAUAACUAGAACGAAGGAUAAGCCUACUAAAUUACAAAAUUCAAUAGCUGCCGAAUCCAAUAAACGACGCUCCAAACCUGAGCUGGAUAAUGUUCAACAACCUAAGAAGUUUGCCAGCUCGAACGAAGAUCUAGCUGUAACACAGAAACCAGCAGGCUCAACCACCGCCGCAACAGCAUCUCAGCGGCCUGAGGCUAAAUUUGAGAUCCAACACGCCACACCGGCCAGUGAUGCUGUAGAUCCACUAGAAAUACCGGUUAAACGCAUUAGACGUUUGCACGCCAUCGAUGGCUAUGAGGCUACAAAUGUGGCGGAAGAGCGUAAAGCGGAGGAAUUGGAAAAAAAGAAUUUAGCGCCUACUCGCAAAUCAUUGCGUGCUGGUGGUCAAGCUGACACAGCUAAAGACGAAAGCAAUAAGAUGCAAACUAAACAACAGCAGCAGCAAAGGGUAGCAAGAAGUGGUGAAAUCACAGCUGAGACUUCGAAGAACAAACAAGCCACAAACAACGCCAGCAAACAAUCGGUUAAAGGGGAAGGUAAUGAGGCUGGCAAAAGUGCUGUCCCCGUCGAUAAAGGUAAUACUAGUACAAGUAAGGCAAAUGGCGUGUCAAAAUCACAAGCAUCGCCGACGAAGUCGCCUGGUUCCAAAGUCAUUACAUUCAAGGAAUGGCUAGAACAGCAGAAAAGAGGCAGCGGCGAUAAUGGCGAAAGCGCACAACCAGGAACCGUUGAGGGACCAGCUACCACUACAGCAGACGUCGCAACAGCUGUAGCAGCAGACACUGCUAAAUCUAGUGAAGAGGUCGUGAGCGCCGAAAAGGAUGUGAAACAUUCGGCAAGUAUACGAGAGGUAAGAGAUGCGAGCAGAAAGAGAAAGGAUGUAGUGCCUCCCGCCAGCAAAGAAACUCGUGGCACAAUUGAAACAACGAAGGAAACACCCAUCGCAUCUAGGCAAGAUGCCAGCGAAAAGGCGUCGCCUACAAAAGGCACUAAUACACCAACACAGUUUAAGCGUCCAUCGCUGCCGCAAAGAUCAGCACGCGCGACGCCAGUUGCGCGCGGAAUCAGUAGAACGCUAACGCCGGGAGGCAAUCGCAAAAAUUUGAACAGCACUCCACAAAGCGGCAGGCAAUUAGCACUUCAAAAAGUUGGUAACAAAUGGAAGUUGCGUAAAUUGCGCGUGCGCAUUAACCGUUCCAUAGUCGCCGCAUACUUAAAAAAACAUACUUUGAAUAAGGCAAAAACACAAGUAAAAUAUGUCGCCGACGAAAAAAGAAUAUCAUCCUUACGUUCUGUUGCCACUACGGCGGUGCCUGAAGAUGUCCACCCGCCCUCUGAUGCUGCUCAAAAGGCUAGCCGUCAAAAGACCGUAACCAUAACGCAAAAACGCGUUGCCCUGAAAACACCUGCAGCCUCACUAGCACAACUGCCCCCCCUAACCGCACGUCCAACUGUGGCAGCAGAAGCAGCAGCAGUGACGUCGUCGGUUGGUAAAGGGGAUCAGACAAGAUUGACCAAUGUUUUGCCAAAAUUAACAAAGGUUCCAAGCGUUUUGGAAAAGGACCCAUUGGAAUCUCAAAAUGAACAGCAAAUUUCCCCUACUGCUGAUGCAGGUUAUCAACAAGACAGCCCAGAAGAACUAUCUUUAUUAACUCCAAUGAAGUCCGUUGCCGUAACGUCUACACACACAACUACCAAUUCACGCGUUCAACAACAGAAGCAACAAUCGGGUAUAACAGCCGCUGAAGCUAUGCGCGAAAAACGCGUUAGCGCUUCCAGUAGCACAGAUUCAUGUUCCACGCAACGGUCUAUGCCGAUUGGCGCUAAAGCUAGUGGUAACAGCUCAGCAUCGAAUGCUGCCACAUCAUUUACGCCAGUUGUACCCAAAGAAGAGCUCGUUGAUGAUCAGCAACAGCAGACCCAGCAAUCAACACCUUCACGUGCAGUAGCAGCUGUUUCUGCAGACAACUCGGCGAUGACCAACUCAUUGGCUUCGCGCACGUUGGCAAUAGCUGCUGCCACCAAUUCGGCGCUCAAUCAAACGCCCUCGGGCGAUCCAAGCGGCUAUUAUGGACUCACGCCUACACAAUUGGAUUCGAACGGCACGCGAUUGUACUCUUUCUUACAUCCGGCAAAGUAUAAUCGUAAUCAUGGCUGUGUGCUACUCGACUACUGUUGCCCCAAUCUGGACGGUCCUAUGCCGGCAAUAGAUCCUACGCGUAUACACGCGCAAGUGCAGGCUGGUGUGCGAGAGCUACCCGCUUAUAUUGUCAUGACAACUAAGCUAAUAACGCGCGCCGAUUUGGAGGCAAACAAGAAUGUCAUACCAGCUUCGAUACGUCAGAAGGUAGAGAAAAUUACAGCUGAUUCUUCGAAUGCUUCGGCCAACCAAUCGGCAUUGGCGGUUGUUAGUGGCACACCUAACGUUUCAAUGUCUAUACCAUCAACACCACAAAUCACACCUGGUUCGAAGCCUUCGCUCACCCCAACCAUAACUGCACUUCAGAAGCAUUUACCAUCAACAACAAUUAUUACACCAAAGUUGUUGCCAGCUGUAUCCACAUCAGGUUUGGCAUCGCCACUAAAUUCACUGAACAGUAGCACACAGGGUGGUACAGUGACAACAACAUCGUUACUGAUGUCCGAUUAUCAACGUUCAUUAUUGCGCACCAGUGUGCGCCAAUUCGACGCACGUCUAAAAAAGUACUAUUAUCGCGUAGCAAUGCUCUCAUUUUCCGAUCGACAAAUCAUUAUUGACAACAUCAUCAACUCAACAUCACUCACCCCCAAAGAUGUUGAAUGCGCUGUACGUUUGCUUGAUGAGUAUGCUUCACAAAUCAACCUUUUACCCAGUGCAUCUGCUCUCGGUACACCGAAGCCGACUACACCACAAGCUAUGCAAUCGAUUUCGAAAGCCAUUACAACGCCGACAACCAACACUGCGGCACGCACGUCCACUAUGCCGCAGCAAAUACAAAAGCAACAUCAAAAUCAACCAAAUUCUACAGGUCAAAUAGCGGUAUUGGAUAAGGACAAUAGUCUAUUGGGCUACCAGAUAACAUCUUCCGCAAGUACACUGAGCAAAUCAACCGUUUCUACGCGUUCAAGCAUAAUGUCAACUACGACAAAGAAUACAUCGCUGCCACAUGUGAAGGCAGCUCAGGAUUCACCACGCAUUUUUUACACUAAGCCACCGAUGCAAACUUCAACACCAAUUGCAACCACCAAUAGCAGUGGUACAACUACGCAGAGCGGCGUCAAAACGGUUUCGUUAAGAAGUACACCACGCAUGGGACGAGAGGUGACCAUAAGGCAGAUGCCAACUAAACUCGGCUCAAUCUCGUCCAGAACACCAACAACAACAGCAACUCCACCAAGUACCCGGCGUUUCCCGACGAUAACACGUAAUCCACAUCUGACAACAAGCAACACAACACCAACUAGCACUUCGGUCGUUAACACCACGGUCACAUCUGAUACGAUAACAACACGCUCGGCUGUCACCAUAUCAACUGCACCGAAGCGAAUGACGCGGGCCUCUGCUGCUGCCAAAGUGAUAGUGAUAACGCAGAAUAAUGAAGGCGAUAAUACUGCAUUGGACGAAUGUAUACUGCCGGAUGGUAAUAACAGUACGGAAAUUAAACGUGAAAAGGUUGAUGAUGAUUUUGUUGGUGGUAAUUAGAAAUUAAUAUUCAGAAAAAGAAUAGUAAAGUAAAAAAAAAAUUUAUUAUUUAUAAGCUAA